CAAAACUCUCUCUCUCUUUCUCUCGAAGACAAAACUCUCUCUCUCUCUCUCUCUCUCUCUCUCUCAAAGACAAAAACUCUCUCUUUCUCUCUCACUCAAUUCUACAAAUGGAAGUGGAACCAAGCCCACCAAUGGUGGCCAAAAAAUUGUGGAACUUAGUACGCAUAGUGUUCUUCAUGGUGAGAAAAGGGUUAUCAAAGAGCAAGCUACUUGUUGACCUCCAUUUAAUGCUCAAACGCGGCAAGCUUGCAGGCAAGGCCAUAGCCCACAACCUCAUGCUCCACCACUCCUCCGGCUUCAGCUGCCGCUCCAACGACGCCGUGUCCUUCAUAACACCCCGAGAAUACGAGUUCAGCUGCAGCAACAGCCCCGCCAUUCACAACCCUUUUCAUUUCAACAAGCGCAACAAACACCACCACCACUAUUUUACCAAGACCACCAGAGCCUACCAAUACGACGACGUUACCACAAUGACUGCGGUUCAGAAGGUGCUGGAGAUGCUAAACAAUGAGAUGGUGGCGGAGGCGUCCCCGUUGUUGCCGGGGUUUGGGAAGAGCCCCAUGGUGAGGCAGCUGAGGAUAACGGACUCUCCGUUUCCGCUAAAGGAGGAAGGGGAUAGCCAGGUGGACAAGGAAGCUGAGGAGUUUAUUAAAAGGUUUUAUAAAGAUCUCAAGUUGCAGAAAAGAUCGGCUGUUCUUGAAUCUCCAUCAUACCAUGCCAUGCGUGGUCGAUGAGAUUUUCAGCGGACCAAAAAUUAUUAAUUUCAACUUCAGCACUGCAUGGUUAAUUUGUGCUUUUGCCACCGUAUCAGCUUUGUGAUUUGCACAUAAAAGUAUCCUCACACGCAAGGAAUUUUUGUAUGUGCCGGUUAUAUAUGUAUGUAACGUUGCUCAACUUAUGUAUAUGAAUCUCGUUUGUACCAUAUAACAUACAUAUUGUGCAAAAUUGUUUACAGAUGACCGGCACAUACGACACACGUUGAGUGUUAAUAAAGUUUUUUAGUUUUCUAAUGAUAUGGGAAUUGGGUACUAGCUAGAUUGCUUAAUGUGAGGAUGUCUUAGCUGCUUUAGACUUGUAGGUUUUAGAUGAAACCGAGGCUCUUUGGAGCAAUAAUUUUGAUUCUUCUCCA